GCGCAUGUGCGUCAUUAAUUUUCGGAAGGAUCUGAUCUGGUGGCCAGUCUAGAGAGACAGAGAGCUGCUCCAGCUUUGACCUUUGAGCUACUCCACGGCGGCAGCCAGAGCAAUCUAUCGCCUCAAGCAAAGGGUGUAAGCAGUGUGGUUGACUGAAGUGUGUACACAGCACACGACAAAGAGAUCUGUUUCCUGUGUGAGUGUGUGUGAGUGUCGCUGACACCUGCUGUCAAUGAUGAGUGGUGAGGAGGUUCCUGGAUCGGAGGGCGGAGUCGAGUUGAAAGCCAGACUCUCAUCUCAUCUCAGGUUCCAGAUAGAGGAUGUUCGCGAGGAACCGUUGUCACCAUCUCCUCGAAAGGGUACGACCUCUGCGGUCACCAGUCUCGGCUACGACACCUCGGAGGCCGUCCCCAUGACGAUGUACUAUCGAGACGGUGAGGAGGAGGGAGGAGGAGGAGGGAAGGCCAGACCCUCUCUGGACUACCUGAGGGACAGAAGUGGAGCUGCG